UCAUGGAAGCCCAGUCCCAUAGCUCUACCGCGGGUGAGAAGAAAAAAGUUGAGAAUCCCAUAGUGAAAUCCUCCACUCGAGCAGAUGUCAGUGAGAAAGCUGUUGCCUCCAGCACAACAUCCAAUGAGGAUGAAAGUCCUGGACAGACCUAUCACAGAGAGAGAAGAAACGCAAUCACAAUGCAGCCACAGGGCGGGCAAGGCCUCAGUAAAAUCAGUGAAGAGCCUUCGACAUCUAGCGAGGAAAGGGCCUCAUUAAUCAAGAAGGAGAUCCAUGGAUCUAUAUCGCACCUUCCUGAGCCUUCCAUACCUUACCGUGGGACAGUCUUUGCCAUGGAUCCCAGGAAUGGUUAUAUGGAUCCUCCUUACCACUCGGCCCCUGCUUUGAAUUCUAUAAAGUACUAUCCGCCUCAUCUUUUCCCAGCAUUCCACCCUCCUGUACCAAUUGACGCAAGACAUCAUGAGGGACGUUAUCAUUAUGAACCAUCUCCUAUUCCCCCGUUACAUGUGCCUUCUGCUCUAUCAACUAGUCCAACGUAUCCAGACUUGCCAUUCAUCAGAAUAUCCCCGCACAGGAACCCUGCAGCAUCAGAGUCCCCCUUUAGCCCACCUCAUCCAUACAUUAACCCUUACGUGGACUAUAUUCGAUCACUACACAGCAGCCCGUCUCUGUCCAUGAUCUCAGCAGCCCGGGGACUGAGUCCUACAGAUGCUCCACAUGCUGGAGUUAGUCCAGCAGAAUAUUACCAUCAGAUGGCUCUACUGGCAGGUCAACGCAGCCCAUAUGCUGACAUCAUUCCUUCAGCUGCCACCGGAGCUGGUGCCCUUCAUAUGGAAUAUCUUCAUGCUAUGGAUAGCACCAGGUUUCCAAGUCCGAGGCUGCCAACAAGACCGAGCCGAAAGCGAACACUGUCCCUAUCACCUCUGUCUGAUCAUAGCUUUGACCUUCAGACCAUGAUCCGGACAUCUCCAAACUCCUUGGUCACAAUUCUCAACAAUUCCCGUAGCAGUUCUUCAGCAAGUGGCUCCUACGGCCAUUUAUCUGCAAGUGCAAUAAGCCCAGCUCUGAGUUUCACAUAUCCUCCCACACCAGUAUCCCUCCAGCAGAUGCACCAACAAAUCAUCAGUCGUCAGCAAAGUUUGGGCUCAGCCUUUGGACACAGUCCUCCACUUCUCCAUCCUGCUCCAACCUUUCCUACCCAGAGGCCUAUUCCUGGCAUCCCCAGCGUCUUGAAUCCUGUCCAGGUCAGUUCGGGUCCAUCGGAGUCCUCACAGCAGAGCAAACCCACGAGUGAGUCUGCGGUCAGCAGUACAGGGGACCCGAUGCAUAACAAGCGUUCAAAGAUCAAACCAGACGAUGACCUCCCCAGCCCAGGUGCAGGAAGCAUGCAGGAACCACCCGAAGGAAUGACCUUAGUGAAAGAAGAAGGGGACAAAGAUGAAAGCAAGCAAGAGCCUGAAGUGGUUUACGAGACAAACUGCCAUUGGGAAGGCUGCUCACGAGAGUUUGACACGCAGGAGCAGCUAGUGCAUCAUAUAAAUAACGACCACAUCCAUGGGGAGAAGAAAGAAUUUGUAUGCCGAUGGCUGGAUUGUUCUCGAGAGCAGAAGCCAUUCAAAGCCCAGUACAUGCUGGUUGUACACAUGAGGAGGCACACAGGAGAAAAGCCACACAAAUGCACUUUUGAAGGUUGUACAAAGGCCUACUCCCGGCUGGAAAACUUGAAAACCCACUUGAGAUCUCACACUGGAGAGAAACCAUAUGUCUGCGAACAUGAGGGCUGUAACAAAGCAUUCUCGAACGCGUCUGAUCGCGCCAAACACCAAAACAGAACUCAUUCCAAUGAGAAACCCUAUGUCUGCAAGAUACCAGGCUGCACAAAGCGGUACACAGACCCUAGUUCUCUCCGAAAGCACGUAAAGACUGUGCAUGGUCCUGAAGCACACGUCACCAAGAAGCAGCGGGGAGACAUCCAUCCAAGGCAUCCCCCGCCAAGAGACCAAGGCAGCCAUUCACAAACCAGAUCCCCAGGCCAUCAGACUCAGGGUGCAAUUGGUGAGCAAAAAGACCUCAGCAACACUACCUCAAAGCGUGAAGAAUGCCUCCAAGUCAAAGCUGUCAAGUCGGAGAAGCCAAUGACAUCUCAGCCAAGCCCUGGUGGUCAGUCUACAUGCAGCAGCGAACAGUCCCCCAUCAGCAACUAUUCCAACCAUGGGAUCGAGCUUAAUUUGACCAGUAGAGGUAGUGUAGGAGACCUCAGUGUCAUAGAUGAAACCCCUAUCAUGGACUCUACCAUUUCCACAGCAACCACAGCUCUUGGCUUACAGGCCAGGAGGAAUAUGACAGAGACCAAAUGGAUGGAGCAAGUCAAGCUAGAAAGGUUGAAACAAAUCAACGGAGUGCUUCCAAGACUGAACCCCAUGCCACCUUCCAAAGCCCCAACCUUGCCACCUCUCAUAGGAAACGGUACUCAGUCAAACAACGGCUGCAGCAUAGGAGGAAACAUGACUAUCCUAACCAACAAAAAUGAACUCACAAACAUGGACAUUACUGUGCUAAACAUGCUGAACAGAAGGGAUAGCAAUACCAGCACGAUCAGCUCAGCCUACAUGAGCAGCCGCAGGUCUUCUGGGAUUUCACCUUGUUUCUCCAGCCGGAGAUCCAGUGAUGCUUCCCAGGGUGAGGGAAGGCUCCAGAAUGUCAGUGUUGCUGACUCCUAUGAUCCCAUUUCAACUGAUGCCUCCAGGCGGUCUAGUGAAGUCAGCCAGUGUGACGGCUUGCCAGGUCUUCUCAGCCUUACCCCUGCCCAGCAAUACAGGCUGAAAGCAAAAUAUGCAGCAGCUACUGGUGGACCCCCACCAACACCACUGCCUAAUAUGGAGAGGAUGAGCUUGAAAACAAGAAUGGCACUGUUGGGUGAUUGCAGGGAGUCUGGAAUGUCACCACUGCCCCCAGUGAAUUCUCCUCGAAGAUGUAGUGAUGGCGGGACAAAUGGUUAUAACAGGAGACACUUACUGUCUCAUGAUGUGUUGGGGAAUGCCACAAGGAGAGCCAGUGAUCCUGUGAGACCGGUCUCUGAUAGCCUUUCUUUUCCCAGAGUGCAGCGUUUCAACAGUCUCAAUAGCUUUAACCCUCCAGCUUUGCCUCCAUCCAUGGAAAAGCGGAACUUCAUCCUUCAGAACUACACCCGCUCUGACGGCUUGUUCCGCAACUUCUGUUCCCCUUGUCCCCCAAGCAUCUCCGAGAAUGUGGCUAUGGAGGCUGCCACCAUGGAAGGAGAUGGCAGUCUGAAUGAUGAGGAUCUCCUACCAGAUGACGUGGUCCAGUAUUUGAAUUCCCAGAAUCAGGGUGUUUACAACCAAUUGCCCAAUGGUGGACUAGACAACAGUAAAGGACAUCACAGUUCAGCCGUGGGGAACAACAACAACUUUGACCAGUCCCCUCCGCCAAAUAACUCUGAAGCCAAUAAAAAUGAUCUGCCAAUUCAGUGGAAUGAAGUAAGCUCAGGAAGUUCUGACUUGUCUCCGUCAAAAUUAAAAUGUGGACAACGGCCCCUGAUCCACCAAAUUCAAACCUUAGGCCUCUAUAACAACAUGGUGGUCCAACAGCAGCACCAUGGGAUGGAGAGUAAUGGUGUGACCCAACAAAAUGGCUACCAGCAUAUUCUAGACAAUAAUGGCUCUUGCAGUUUACAGCAGAAUAUGAUCAUGAACAACAAUGACCCCAGUCAUUCUUACCACCUGCAAUCAAACAAGACGCAACUAUAUGGUGACAGUAUUGGUAGACAACCAGUGGACAAUACCUGUGACAUGGUGAUUCAAGGACAAAAGCUGAGAAACAAUUUCAUGCUAGCUAAUGGGAGCCAGCAAAACUUUGGCUACCCCAUGGUGUCAGAUGAGCAAUCUGCCAAUGUACUCAACAGGAUGCAGAGCAGAAACAUGGUUGUCCAGGAAUAUCUUCAUAAUCAGUCAGUAGAUGAAGUCAGUCACUAUCAAGAAAUAAAUCAUUCCAGUAAGAUGAUGACAGAGCAAGUUACAGCUCCCUCGCAACCCGGUCUUUAUCAAGGGUCACAGAGUUGCCUGCCGCUCUGUCAAAAUGUUGGGAUUCAACCAUCCAGUUUGAUGAUGGCCAAAGGCUACCAGCCCUGUGCCAGCUACUGUGGUGGCCGAUGGCAAAACACAUUAAGGAAUAGCUUGGGGCGGCCACAAGGACAUGUUAGGGAUGCCAACCAGCCACACAGGGUCAAUGGCAUCAAGAUAGAGUCUCAAGGUCAGUCGCAACAGUUCUGCUCUAAUAUGCAGAAUUACUCUGGUCAGUUAUAUGACCAAAUCACAGGGUUUAGCCAGCCAAGUCUGAAAACCGCUGCUUUCCCCCUUUCGGAAGCCAGCUGCCUGCUGCAGGGGACUGGGGAUGCCAAUUCGUCAGAGCUCCUCUCCCCAGGGGCCAACCAGGUGACUAGCACAGUUGACAGCAUUGACACCAGCAGCCUUGAAGGGGUGCAGAUUGAUUUUGAUGCUAUUAUAGAUGAUGGUGACCACGCCAGCUUAAUUUCAGGAGCCCUCAGUCCCAGCAUCAUUCAGAAUCUCUCUCGCAAUUCCUCCCGCCUCACCACUCCCCGAGCGUCUCUUACAUUCCCAGCUAUGCCCAUAAGCACAACCAACAUGGCUAUUGGGGACAUGAAUUCUUUGUUGACCUCACUUGCAGAAGAAAGCAAGUUUCUUGCUGUUAUGCAAUAGACCUAAACAACUUAGGAGAUGAAAGAUUUUAAAAAGAAAUUCAUUUUUUUUAGUUGUUUUAAGUACUUUAGCAGUCUCAUCUCACCUAAAUGGGAUGUGUUUCAAGUAUAUUCCUUUUAUGGAAUAAGGACUCUGAAAAACCCUAAAGUGUUCUAGGGAGAAACUGUCUUCCGUUUCAAUUUUGAAUCAGUAUUGUUACACCCACAGUUCUGUUCUUUUUAUUUUUAAUGUUUGUACGACUCUCUUCUUUUUGUUUUAUUUUUUUGUAAUUGUAAACCAAUGUAAAUGUGUGAUGUGCAUGUUGGUUUAUUUUUGAGGAAGGUCCGAUGAAUUGAUGUCACAACUUCCUGCUACUCAAAAGGAAAUGCAGUCUUGCAUGGUUGUUGCCCAAGUUCUUAUAGAGCCAGUUUUUAACAUGUAGGCACAACAUUGCUGAGCAUAUAUAUUGAGUUGACAUUUUGGGUUCCAUCCUCUUAGCAAUGCUCCCAUGCAAACCCUCUUGACAAAAAUGGUUUGAAGCAAGAUGAAUAACCAAUAUUAUAUAUGUAUGUGUAUAUA